AUGACGACGAGGAUUCCGCUCAACGACGGUGAAAAUCUCGCCGUGGGGGCGUUCGGGGGGAUCGUCGAGACAUGCGUGCAGAUGCCGCUGAUCACUUUUAAGAUUUGCGUGCAAGACUCCAGGGCGCUGCCGACGUCCGUCGCGGGGUGGUACCGGGGCGUCUUCGCGAACGCGGCGUCGCUCGCGCCGAUCACCGCGGCGCAGGUCGCGGUGAACGGCGUGGUGGAGCGGAUGAUCACGAAUGGAACGAGGGAUAUGAGCGAUUUGGAGCAGAUCGGGUGCGCCAUGACCGCGGGGGCGAUCUCGAGCGUGUUGUACUCGCCGGUGGAUUUGACUGUUAUUCAGCAGCAGAAAAUGGCACUCGGCCCGGGGGCGACGGUGUCCGCCGUGGUGAACCAGGGCGGGAUCGGUAAGAUGUGGCGCGGGACCAUGUCGUGCGCCGCUCGUGAGAGCGUGUACACGGCCGGGUACCUCGGCCUCGGACCGGUGCUGACGAAUAAAAUUAAGGAGGCGAACCCGACUUUGGGCGACCUCACGUGCUCCAUCAUCGGCUCAUCCAUCGCCGGUACGUUCGCCGCGGGGGCAACGCACCCGAUCGACACCGCGAAGACGAUGCUCCAGAGCGAUUUGAUGGGUCAGCGAUACUCGUCCGCGACCGCGGCGCUCACUGAUGCCUACGCCAAGGAUGGCAUUCGUGGUCUGUACCGAGGCGGGUUCGCGCGAACGGUGAGAAUUUGCGGCGCCUUUUUCAUCGUCGGCAACAUUCGCGAAGCCGCUGUGGCGUACAAGAACCGACCCAAGGAGUAA